GCUAACUCAUUUGUUUAGGCAGUAGGGAGUUUCUGCUAGGGUCUGGAUUGGAGUUACACGCACGGACCCUACCUUGUAUGAGUGGUGUCUGAGGAGAAAAAAAGGAUUCCCCCUCUAUCUCAAAGAAUCUACAUGUCUAAUAUUUAGACAUGUUCAGCUUUGUGGAUAUUCGGUUAGCGCUGUUGCUGAGCGCAACAGUGCUUUUGGCGAGAGGACAAGGCGAGGAUGAUAGCUCAUUUGGCAGCUGCAAAUUAGAAGGACAGUUGUACAACGACAAGGAUGUAUGGAAACCAGAGCCCUGCCAGAUCUGCGUCUGUGACAGUGGCAACGUCAUGUGCGACGAGGUGAUCUGUGAGGACACAUCCGAGUGCGCCGAUCCCAUCAUCCCUGAUGGAGAGUGCUGCCCCAUCUGCCCCGAUGAUACCGAGGAGCCAACUCCACCUGAGACAGGAAGAGUUGGUCCCAAUGGAGACGCGGGUCCAGUUGGUCAUCCUGGCAACGAUGGACUUGAUGGACAGCCUGGUCUUCCCGGCCCUCCCGGCCCCCCUGGCCCCCCUGGCCUUGGCGGAAACUUUUCUCCUCAGAUGAGCUACGUUGACCACUCCAAAUCCAGCGGCGGCCCACCUGUCCCUGGCCCAAUGGGUCCUAUGGGUGCUCGUGGUCCUGCUGGAUCCCCUGGAUCCUCUGGUCCUCAGGGUUUCAAUGGUCACUCCGGAGAGCCCGGUGAGCCCGGAGCUUCUGGUGCAAUGGGUCCUCGUGGUCCCGCCGGACCCCUUGGAAAGAAUGGAGAUGAUGGUGAGCCCGGCAAAGCUGGUCGCCCCGGUGAGCGUGGAGCCGCUGGCCCUCAGGGUGCUCGUGGAUUCCCCGGAACCCCCGGACUCCCCGGCAUCAAGGGACACAGAGGAUUCAGCGGUCUGGAUGGAGCUAAGGGAGACGCUGGACCCGCUGGCCCCAAGGGAGAGGGUGGUUUAGCUGGUGAGAACGGUAUCGCCGGCGCCAUGGGCGCUCGUGGUCUUCCUGGUGAGAGAGGUCGCCCUGGAGCUCCUGGCCCAUCUGGUGCUCGUGGUAACGAUGGCAACAAUGGCGGUGCUGGUCCCCCUGGACCUACCGGACCUGCUGGUUCUCCUGGUUUCCCCGGUGGUGCUGGUGCUAAGGGAGAGACUGGCCCUGCUGGAGGUCGUGGAAAUGAGGGACCCCAGGGAGCCCGUGGUGAGGCUGGUAACCCCGGACCUUCUGGACCCGCUGGAGCUGCUGGUUCCGCCGGAUCUGAUGGUUCCGCUGGUGCUAAGGGUUCUCCUGGUGCUGGUGGUAUCGCUGGUGCUCCUGGUUUCCCCGGCUCUCGUGGUCCUGCUGGAUCUCAGGGUGCUCUCGGUGCCCCCGGUCCCAAGGGUAACAACGGUGACCACGGUCUUUCUGGUGCUAAGGGAGAGCCUGGUUCCAAGGGAGAGUCUGGCCCCGCUGGAGUUCAGGGACUUCCUGGCGCCUCUGGUGAGGAUGGCAAGAAAGGAGGACGUGGAGAGCCCGGUGGUGCUGGAGCCCGUGGACCCAAUGGAGAGCGCGGUGGCCCUGGUGCUCGCGGUUUCCCUGGUGCUGAUGGAGGUGCUGGUGGCAAGGGAGGCCCCGGUGAGCGUGGUCCCAAUGGCCCAGCUGGAGGUCAGGGAGCCACCGGUGAGUCUGGUAUCUCCGGUGCUGGUGGCGCACCUGGAUCCAAGGGUAUGACUGGUAGCCCCGGAACCCCCGGCUCUGAUGGCAAAGGUGGACCUGCUGGUGCCCCCGGCCAAGAUGGAGGCUCUGGACCUGCUGGUGGUUCUGGAUCCCGUGGACAGCCCGGAGUUAUGGGAUUCCCCGGACCCAAGGGAGUCACUGGUGAGAACGGUAAGGGCGGUGAGAGAGGAGGCGUUGGAGCCACUGGCGCUCUUGGUGCUCCUGGCAAAGAUGGUGAUGUUGGUGCUCCUGGACCUUCUGGUAUUUCUGGACCUGCUGGAGAGAAGGGAGAGCAGGGCCCCAACGGACCCCCCGGAUUCCAGGGUCUUCCCGGACCCCAAGGUGCUACUGGUGAGACUGGCAAGCCUGGUGAUCAGGGUGGUCUUGGUGAGGCUGGACCCAACGGCCCAUCUGGACCAAGAGGUGACAGAGGUUUCCCCGGUGAGCGCGGUGUCCCUGGCGGUGCUGGCCCAAUGGGAGGCCGUGGUUCUCCUGGCCCCUCUGGUAACGAUGGAGCCAAGGGAGAGCCUGGUGCUGGUGGUGUCCCCGGCGGUAAGGGAUCCCCCGGUAUGCAGGGAAUGCCCGGUGAGCGCGGUGCUUCUGGUUUGCCCGGUGUCAAGGGAGAGAGAGGUGAUGGUGGAGUCAAGGGAGCUGAUGGUGGUGCCGGAAAAGACGGCAUGCGCGGUUUGAAUGGUGCUAUUGGAGUUCCUGGACCCCCUGGUGCUCAGGGUGAGAAGGGUGAGGGUGGCGCUGUUGGAACUUCUGGACCCACCGGUAUUCGUGGUGCCUCUGGCGAGCGUGGAGAGACUGGACCUUCUGGACCCGCUGGAUUUGCUGGAGCUCCUGGUGCUGAUGGUCAGCCUGGUUCCAAGGGAGAGAGUGGUGACUCUGGACCCAAGGGAGAAGGUGGUGCUCCUGGACCCUCUGGACCCAUCGGUGGUUCUGGACCUCAGGGACCUUCUGGACCCUCUGGACCUAAAGGUGCUCGUGGUGGUGCUGGACCCCCUGGUGCUACUGGUUUCCCCGGAGCUUCCGGCAGAGUUGGACCCCCUGGCCCCUCUGGAGUUGGUGGCCCCCCUGGACCCCUCGGACCCGUUGGCAAAGAGGGAGCAAGAGGAGGACGUGGUGAGUCCGGCCUCGCUGGUCGCCCCGGUGAGAUUGGAGGUGCUGGACCCCAAGGACUUUCUGGGGAGAAGGGAUCUCCUGGCUCUGAUGGACCCUCUGGAGCCCCUGGUAUCCCCGGACCAGGAGGUGUUGUUGGAGAGAAAGGUAUUGUCGGUUCCUCUGGACAGCGUGGAGAGCGUGGUGCCUUUGGUCCGGCCGGAGCUGUUGGCGAGCCCGGAAAUCAGGGACCUGCUGGUGCUUUUGGUGCGCGUGGAACCCCCGGACCUGCUGGACCCCCUGGUCUGUCUGGUCCUACCGGAGAAGCUGGACGUGAGGGAUCUGCCGGUAACGAUGGUGCCUCUGGUCGCGAUGGAGCUGGUGGCCCCAAGGGAGACCGUGGAGAGUCUGGUACGUCUGGACCCCCAGGACCCCCUGGUGCUCCAGGAGCCCCCGGAGUGGUCGGCGCCUCUGGAAAGUCUGGUGGCCGUGGAGAGUCUGGCCCCGCUGGUAAUGCCGGCCCUGCUGGCCCUGCUGGUGUCCGUGGCCCCGCUGGCCCUGCUGGUGCAAGGGGAGACAGAGGAGAGGCUGGUGAGGCUGGAGACAGAGGACACAAGGGACACAGAGGAUUCACCGGAAUGCAGGGUCUUCCCGGCACCUCCGGAGGAUCUGGAGAGAGAGGACCUUCCGGUGUUUCUGGACCUGCUGGACCCAGAGGACCCUCUGGAUCUAACGGCUCCCCCGGUAAGGAGGGCGUCCACGGCGGGGCCGGACCCAUCGGACCCCCUGGACCUCGUGGUCGCAAUGGAGAGAUGGGACCUUCCGGUUCUCCAGGACCUGCCGGAGCCCCUGGACCCCCCGGACCUUCCGGCGGUGGAGGCAACUUCAACAGCUAUCCUCGUCAGGAGAAGGGACCCGAUCCCCUCCGCGGCGGCCACUACCGCGCUGAUGACCCCAACAUGAUGCGCGAUCGCGACAUGGAGGUUGACACUACCCUCAAGACCCUGACCCAGAAGGUCGAGAAGAUCCAAAGCCCCGACGGUACCCAGAAGAGCCCAGUCCGCAUGUGCCGUGACUUGAAGAUGGCCCACCCCGAAUGGAAGAGCGACAUGUUCUGGGUUGACCCCAACCAGGGAUCCCCUCUUGAUGCUAUCAAGGUCCACUGCAACAUGGAGACUGGCGAGACUUGCGUCUACCCCAGCGAGUCCAGCAUCCCCAUGAAGAACUGGUACCUCAGCAAGAACAUCAGAGAGAAGAAGCACGUCUGGUUCAGCGAGUCCAUGACUGGCGGAUCCCAGUUCCAGUAUGGCAGCGAUGGAGCUGAUACCGAGGAUGUCAACAUCCAGAUGACCUUCAUGCGCCUGAUGUCCAACCAGGCAUCUCAGAACAUGACAUACCACUGCAAGAACAGCAUUGCCUACAUGGACUCCGCCACCGGCAACCUGAAGAAGGCCCUCCUUCUCCAGGGAACCAACGACGUUGAGAUCAGAGCCGAGGGCAACAGCCGCUUCACAUACACCGUCAGCGAGGAUGGCUGCACGUCACACACUGGCACAUGGGGCAAGACAGUCAUCGACUACAAGACAUCAAAAACAUCUCGCCUGCCCAUCAUUGACAUUGCUCCUAUGGAUGUUGGUGCACCUGAUCAGGAAUUUGGCGUCGAAGUUGGCCCCGUCUGCUUCUUGUAAAAAGAAAGAAAUAUGGACAUGACAUUGUUGUUUUUUUUCUAGCAGUCAUCUCUAAAUCCCUUUUCCUAUGCAUUCAAAACUCAUUCGGCUGCCAUUGGCCCACAUGCUUUAAAACCACUCUACUGAAGACCAUGUUUGUGUUUUUACAAUCAUGAGAAGUUUUUGGGACUGCUACUUCAACCAAAACCGACCACAAGGACACUUUAAAGAUAAUCUUUUGUUUCCACUGGCAACAAGAAAAUAAUAUAUGCUUGUGUAAAAUGUCCCCCUGGAGAUUGAGAAAAAAAAAAAGAUCCACACACGCAAUGAAACACAGGUGACUUUUGCCAUUUUCUACCGCUGCGGAAGGACAUUGAAAACAACAAGUGAUGUGUACCAUUUUUCUGGUGUUAAAUAAAUUGUAAAAAGUGUGAAGUGUCUUUUUGUAUUAAAUUCUUAAAAGAAGCUCAGACAAAGACCAGCAAAAGAGCAAAAAGCUCACCUUCAUUGCAAAACGUAGAUGGCUACCUCAAAAACAAGAAAUCACCACCGUAUUUUUUCUUAAAUGAAAAGGGAAUAUUUUACACAAGUUUAUUGUGGGGAAAUCAAAAAAACAUUCAAAGGUGCUAUGACCAUUUCAUUGAGGUCCAGAUAUUGGUGUUUGAUGGUGAAUCUCUCGCUGUCAUACUGUAAUUAUUGCCACUAAUGCCUGCAGAACCUCCGGUGCUAAAUUGACUCAUGUCUUGUUGUCUCUGCAGUGCAAUUGUUUUCUUCUUAAGUGUUCUGAAAAGGUGAUCACUGCAGAUGUAAUGCAUGCAAUCAUGUCUUUGUAGAUAAAAAGCAAGUGACUAAGUGGUUAAAUAUCAUUCCCCCUGCACAUUUGUUCAGUGUUGAUCCUUCUGUCUGUUUGCCCACUGUGGAAAACUCCUCUUCACAAAAAAAAAAAAACAGCACACAUCUCCCACCCUGUUGUUUAUGUUGUUUGUUGAUGUCUUUCGCGAAGGGUUUCUUAAAAAAUAAUUUGAAGCAGACCCACUUUCAUGGUUUAAAAUAGAGAUUCUGUACUUAUUUUGUACAUGUAUAAUAAAUUGAGAUGUUUUUAAUUAUUUUGGGUGCUGAAAUAAAGCAUGUGAAGUGGU